UCAGAUGGAGAUGAAGUAGCAGCGGCAGUCGAGCAACAGAGAGACAACAGCGUCUGAACCGCGGAUCCGGAGCUUUUUCUUCAGGGGGGGAACAGACAGGUGACAGAGCAAACCGAGCCGCCUCAACGCCCAUCGGUGGAAAUUACUGCUGUUUCAAGCCCCGCACACACCCCCAGGUUGCCUCAGUAGAUGUUACUCAGCUGCAUGCAUUUCGAUCUGAUCAUCUAAGCCCGGUCCACCAAGAUGGAAAAUGCGCACACUAAAUCGGCGACUGAAGUUUUAGACAACUUCAGUGUGAACGAAAACACCGGGCUGACUCUGGAGCAGGUCAAAGUCAGUUUGGAGAAAUAUGGGCCGAACGAGCUCCCGGCUGAAGAAGGCAAGUCCCUGUGGGAGCUGGUGGUGGAGCAAUUUGAAGACCUCCUGGUCCGGAUCCUGCUGCUGGCUGCCUGCGUCUCCUUUGUGUUGGCUCUGUUUGAAGAAGGAGAGGAGACAACCACCGCCUUCGUGGAGCCUGUUGUCAUUCUUCUUAUCCUCAUCGCCAACGCUGUCAUUGGGGUCUGGCAGGAGCGCAACGCCGAGAACGCCAUCGAGGCUCUAAAAGAGUACGAACCAGAGAUGGGGAAGGUGUAUCGCAUGAACCGCAAGGCUGUCCAGAGGAUCAAAGCCAGAGAUAUCGUCCCGGGAGACAUCGUGGAGGUGGCAGUUGGUGACAAGGUGCCUGCUGACAUCAGAGUGACCUCAAUAAAGUCCACCACCCUGCGGGUAGACCAGUCCAUCCUCACAGGGGAAUCUGUCUCCAUCAUCAAACACACUGACCCUGUUCCUGACCCCAGAGCUGUCAACCAGGACAAAAAGAACAUGCUGUUUUCUGGCACAAACAUUGCGGCAGGUCGUGCCAUAGGUGUCGUAGUGGCUACGGGUGUCACCACAGAGAUCGGUAAGAUCCGUAACCAGAUGGCAUCCACAGAGCAAGAGAAGACGCCGCUGCAGCAGAAGCUGGACGAGUUCGGACAGCAGCUCUCGAAGGUCAUCUCCCUGAUCUGCGUGGCGGUGUGGGUCAUCAACAUCGGCCACUUCGGAGACCCCGUCCACGGUGGCUCCUGGGUCCGGGGCGCCAUCUAUUACUUCAAGAUUGCCGUGGCCCUGGCUGUGGCUGCCAUCCCCGAGGGCCUGCCUGCUGUCAUCACCACCUGCCUGGCCCUUGGCACACGUCGCAUGGCCAAGAAGAACGCAAUCGUUCGCAGCCUGCCCUCGGUGGAGACCCUGGGCUGUACCUCUGUCAUCUGCUCUGACAAGACGGGCACCCUCACCACCAACCAGAUGUCCGUCUGCAGAAUGUUCGUCGCAGACAAGGUGGAAGAUUCAAGUUGCACCCUGCAUGAGUUCUCCAUAACUGGUUCUACAUAUGCCCCCGAGGGACAAAUACUUGCAGGAAACAGGCCUGUCCAGUGUGGAGACUAUGAUGGACUUCUGGAGUUGGCCACAGUGUGCUCUAUGUGCAACGACUCCUCGCUGGACUACAAUGAGAGCAAAGGGGUUUAUGAGAAGGUGGGUGAGGCCACAGAAACAGCUCUCACCACCUUGGUGGAGAAGAUGAACGUCUUCAAGACCGACCUGUCCGGACUCAGCAAGGUGGAACGUGCUGGGGCCUGCAACUCCGUGAUCAGGCAGUUGAUGAAGAAGGAGUUCACCCUGGAGUUCUCUCGUGAUCGCAAGUCCAUGUCUGUGUACUGCACCCCUGUCAAACCGGGCUCCCAGAGCAAGAUGUUCAUCAAGGGUGCUCCAGAGAGCGUGAUCGAGCGGUGUCAGUACUUGCGGGUCGGGACAGGGAAGGUGACACUGACACCAGCUGUGCGUGACCAGCUGAUGUCUAAGAUCAGGGACUGGGGGACAGGCAGGGACACCCUGCGCUGCUUGGCACUGGCCACUCAUGACACCCCGCCACGCAAAGAAGACAUGGACUUGGAAAACUCCAGCAAGUUUGCAGAGUAUGAGUUGGGGCUCACGUUUGUUGGCUGUGUGGGCAUGCUCGACCCGCCCAGGAAGGAGGUGAUCGGUUCAGUGAAGCUGUGCAACGAGGCAGGUAUCCGCGUUAUCAUGAUCACGGGAGACAACAAGGGCACAGCUGUGGCCAUCUGCAGACGAAUUGGCAUCUUCGGCGAGGAGGAAGACGUGACUGGAAAGGCCUACACGGGCCGCGAGUUUGACGACCUCCCAUCAGAGGCUCAGAGAGAAGCUGUGAAACGGGCGCGAUGCUUCGCCCGCGUCGAGCCAGCUCACAAGUCCAAGAUCGUCGGCUACCUGCAGUCCUUCGAUGAGAUCACGGCCAUGACAGGAGAUGGUGUGAACGACGCACCGGCUCUGAAGAAAGCAGAGAUUGGCAUCGCCAUGGGUUCUGGCACAGCAGUGGCCAAGUCGGCCUCUGAGAUGGUGCUGUCUGACGAUAACUUCUCCACCAUUGUGGCUGCUGUGGAGGAGGGCAGAGCCAUCUACAACAACAUGAAGCAGUUCAUCAGAUAUCUCAUCUCCUCUAACGUGGGAGAAGUCGUCUGCAUCUUCCUGACAGCCAUCCUGGGUCUCCCUGAGGCUUUGAUUCCAGUGCAGCUGCUGUGGGUUAAUCUGGUGACUGAUGGGCUGCCUGCCACUGCCCUGGGCUUCAACCCGCCAGACCUGGACAUCAUGGACAAGCCUCCCCGCAACCCCAAGGAGCCUCUCAUCUCUGGCUGGCUCUUCUUCAGAUACCUGGCCAUUGGAGGAUACGUGGGUCUUGGAACAGUGAGUGCAGCUACUUGGUGGUACCUGUUUGAUGAAGAGGGUCCCCAGGUGUCCUUCUAUCAGCUGCGACACUUCAUGCAGUGCACUGAGGAGAACCCCAUGUUCCAGGAAAUCGACUGUGAGGUGUUUGAGUCCCGCUACCCUACAACCAUGGCGCUGUCUGUGCUGGUCACUAUCGAAAUGUUCAACGCACUCAACAGUUUGUCUGAGAACCAGUCCCUGGUCAGGAUGCCUCCCUGGGUCAACAUCUGGCUGCUGGGAGCCAUCAUCCUCUCGCUCUCCCUCCACUUCUUCAUCCUCUACGUUGAGCCUCUGCCGCUCAUCUUCCAGGUGACCCCUUUGCGCUGGUCCCAGUGGAUCGUGGUCCUGAAGAUUUCCAUCCCAGUCAUUCUCCUGGACGAGGCACUGAAAUAUGUCUCCAGGAACCAUCUAGAAGGUGAAGAGGAGAAGAAAUAUUGCAGGAGAUGGCAGCUGAACUAAGACCUCUCCCUCAACACACUCACACAGUUAGACACACACAGCUACCCUCUUUCCCUUUACGAGCUAGGAAACCUUUUCUCUCCCCUGCCCUCAUUCCUCCUCCCCCCCAAACUCCUGCAUGUCCGACCAACCACCACUAGAAACCGAGCAGGGCUUGCAUGAGGACGAGUGCGCAAGAAAGACGAGUGUUCCUGCGAGCAUGGCUUUGUGCAAGUGUGUGAGUAGGUGAGCUCUGAGUGUGUGUGUGUGUGUGUGUGUGUGUGUGAGAAACCAGGCAGACCUGUGUUAAUAGUUGCGAGAGCGAGAAACAACUGCAGAAAAAAAAGAAGAGAAAACUGCCCCUGGCUCUGCUUUUUAACGAUUUUUGCUCAUUGGAUUUUUUUUUUUUUUUUUUUGACUGUACAGUACAAACAUAGUGGUGUGCAACUGGACUUUGGGGAGGGAGGAUAGGGGGUAAUACUGGGUGGGGUGGGGAGGGAAGGGAGGGUUUUAAAUCAGCACAGAGACCGAAAGAGAGACUGAGAGGUGAAGCCUGUUGUGCAGAAGAGACACACUGGUGGAAGAUGAGCAAGGAUGUGGAAGGUGAAUACAGCCGGCCCUCCAGGCGGCGUGGGAGACCCAGCGUACCCCCCAUGUGUGUGUGUGUGUCCACAAAAAGCAUCAUCUGGAGGUGCUGCUCAGGCGUCUGCCGUCCCCCCACACACACUACUGGCACUGAGUUCCAGCCUUAUCAGCACAGCACAACAGCAUCUCUGGCCAGUUUGUCUCAGCGCUGCUCCUUCAUCCGCUUCUUCGUCUUUCGCUCUCACCACAAACUCCCCGUCGUUUCAUGCAGGAUUCUUCCUUCCGCCUCCGUCUCUCCGUCUCUCUUUCUCGCUCUCUGUCCGAGGAAGGCAGCUGUGGUGGGCCCGGGGGGUUCGUGACGCUGUCGGGCUCUAGGGGGGUGUGUGUGGAGACGUGGCUCCGCCUAAAGGUGUGAAUAGCUUUACGCUGCUUGGCCGCUUCCUUCGGCUCUUAAUUCGAGGAGCUGAGGUCAGCUCACACACUUGGCAGAAAUAAAAUUUUUAAAAAAUAAAUAAAGAAAAAUGUCAAACAGCAACCAAACCAGCAUAUCAGUAGAGUAGUUGUCAGCCAGCCCACCGAGCUGGGCCCGUUUAGCCUCACUGUAACGUCCAUGUGCCGUGCUGCCACCGGAGGUUUAGAGUCAGAUGUCUGUAGAUUAAAGAUGGAACAACAACACGAUGCUCUGCCACGUUUUGUCCAGAACGUCUCGGAGCAUCGUGCCGUUUUUUCCUGCCUUGAAUCCAUCCAGUUAUUUCUGACCCUGAACCAGCGCUAAAGUGUGUGUGAGUGUGUGUGUGCGUGUGUGUGUGCAUAUAGCCUUACUUGAAUAAAAUUAGUCGAAUUUGACCUGAUAGGCUUUUCAGUCUUUGAAUCGCACCGAUGACGUAGUUGCAGUAAGUUAAGGACGUAAACUGCUUGAUUGUCUCCCUCCCAUCAUGAACCAUUUCUACAUGAAGCACAUGAAACAUCCAUGCCUUAUACAGCCCACUGCACCUCCACAUGCAAGAUGUGGUCCAAAUGAAUGUGUUCCUGCUAACCUUUAACGAGCUUUGUACCCAGCGCCACCCGUUUCACUCGUAUGUGCCCUGACGGUGACUCAUACUGAUCACGUGAAGACUCUGAAUGUCCACCUGGUCUAAGGCAUGUUUAAUAGGAAACUCCCCCUUAUUUUUUUUUUUUUCUUUUUGUGUUGUUGUGCUUCGUGCGCUGCUCCCUCAGCUCCUCCUUGCUCUCUCAGUGCUUUAGCGAUUCACUUGGGUAUUGUUUUAUAAUGACUAAAUAAUAAUGUAUUUGACUGAACGAACCCCGCCGGGUUUGGAUUGUGUCUUUUUAAGUCUUAACUAUGGUUUUGUGUGUGUGUAGGGCCCUUGUGCUCUGUGGACUGGGUCAGCGGUGUUCUUGGUCUCUUGAUGCUUCCACAUACUGUAUUGUAGACGAGCGUGCACAUUAAACCAUAUAGGUCAAAAAUCUGUGCGCUGUGUCAGCUGGAAUGAAGCGAUGGUUUGAUCUUCAAGUAGGAGCUGCAAGAAAAAGAAAUCCCCAAAUAUUUAAUGCUCUCAUAAAACAAGACAUUUCAUGGCAUCAGCUUGUGCUUCAUGAUGUAGUUUUGGAAGGUUUUCGGAUCAUUAACAGACUAAUUCAUUGAUCUAUAAUAAUCAGGAAUCAUCAAAGUCGCCGUUAGCUGCAGCCCGACUUCAGGAGCAAACUGUUGAAAUGAAAUUGCUGACACAGCGUCCAGAUCCUUUCCUCUUUUUCCCGCCCUUUUCUGGACGUCUGAUCUGAUUUCAACAAGUCAUUCCCACUUAGAGCGCGGUUUAGAAUCUGAAGGGAAAUCCAUCCGUUAGCGACCGAUCUGCUGUUGCUUACCGUCCUGUACCCAUCUACUAGCCUUACUCCGUUGGGAAAACCAGCUUCUCACGGAGCGCCGACGCCUCCGAUGUCUCGCGCUCUCUGGGUUUCGAUCUCGGAUCAGCAGGAAAUCGGUUUAAAGUGGACGGAGGAAAAGUACACUAUAAAGUUUAAGCAUUUAGAUUCAAGGGUGGACUAUUCCUUUAACUUUUAGGCUAGACGUUGGAGAUUUUUGAUGAUACUUGACAUAAAACAGCCUUCACGUUCAGUAAGUUUUUGUCGUCACCACCAUGAGAAUGUGGCUCGUCUGUCCGGACCAGCAGACCUCCUGUCCCCCCGUCCCAGGUCUCCAUGGCUCUGUAACAUGCUGGCCCUCUGGCCUCCAGGCACUAUAGGUCUGUAUAGCCUUGUAAUUUACUACUGAAUCCUCAACUCUGUACAGACGACGAGAAUAUGAUCGCAUGGAACCUUGUUACUGUAAUAAUAACCUAUACAGUAUAUAAUAUUUAAUUUUUUGAUAACUUACAUCAACGAACCUACUUACCAACAGACAGACUUGCGAGAAAGCUUUUUUUUUUCUUUUGUUUUUUUUUUAAUUUUUCUUUUUUGAGCACAUGGUAUCUAAGGAUCUCCUUUUGUUUUUGUUUGUUUGUUUGUUUUGUAGAAUAGAAAGGUUGUUUCUUCAUUGUUCCCGUUUGGUUUUUACAGUUGCUGGGGUUUUGUGUCUUUUACUGUAGGGAAAAAAAAAACAAACAAAAAAAAAACACGAAUACGACGUUAUCAUGUUUAAGAUAGACAAGAAUAAUUGCUUUACGCUAGUUAACGGCGGUGACGCGGAUCAUUUCAGCGACGGCUAUCUGGUGUGAGAACGUUCAAGAACUGGUGAAUGAACUGUGUCUGGUUUACACACUGAGCGAUAAGCAGUGAUGAAUCCUGGGUUAUGAAGUUUUAUGACUGUAUAGUGAAGGGCUCGGUGCGGAUGCAGGCUCUAGAGACUCCCUUUUUGGGUCUGACAUUUGGGAUGUUGCACGGUACUCGCUGUCCUGUACAAUCUGUAAAACAAUAAGAGCCUUCAGGUUCCACAACAUCUGGCCAACGCUUCCCUCUUCCCCGUCUGCAAGUGAACGGUCUCUAGAGCCUGAGUCCCGCCUCUGAGAAAUUAAAAGGAUUCUCUGUGUUGCCUUGUUAAUAUUAAUUGUGGACACAUAAUUUUAUAAAUGACAAAGACGUGGAAAUAAAGAUUAUUUAUCUUGUUAUUUA